UAACCUCAUCGAAGAAGACUCGUUAGAACGGCCACUUGACUAUCUGGUCAAUAAAAUAGAUAAUCUGUGAAGAAAUCCAUCCCAGAGUGACGCACAAUCCGCGUCGAUUUUAUACGCAUACGUCAUUUUACUGCGUCUGCAGUAAAUUUGUUUGGAGAGAGAAGAUGGCGUCAGAAUCAGCGGAAACGUUAGCCGAACAAGACACAGAACUGGACGAGUUAUUGGACAGUGCACUCGAUGACUUUGAAAAGUCAAACCCGGCCACAACAGCCCCAGUUCCUGCUGCUGCUGCGGCUCCUCUGUCAGCCAAGGGCAGUGAGGAGAAACCCCCUCUACUGGAAGACAGUCAGUUCUUUGAGGCUCUGUUUGAAGGGGAGAUGGCCUCUCAGGCGAAGGAGGAGUGGGAGAAAGCCAUGACUGAACUCGCACAGGAAGAACCUGAGCUGCUGCAACACUUUCACAAAUUGUCAGAGGCAGCAGGGAAAGUUGGUACUGAUGUAGCCUCCCAACAAGAAUUCACUUCCUGUCUCAAAGAUACCCUCAGUGGAUUGGCGAAAAAUGCAGACAACUUACAGAGUGCAGGUUUGGCUGGAGAGGAUCUAGCAAAGACUCUGGAAGGGCUGGGAUUGGAUGAGGGUGGACAGGGGGGCGGGGAAGAUGGAAACAUCUUGCCGAUUAUGCAGUCCAUCAUGCAGAAUCUACUCUCCAAAGAAGUGCUCUACCCAUCUCUCAAAGAGAUCACUGAGAAGUAUCCUGAGUGGCUGAACAGCAAUCGUCAGUCCCUCCCGCCAGAUCAGUUCCAGCGCUACGAACAGCAGCACAAGGUCAUGGGAGAGAUCUGCAGCCAGUUUGAGAAGGAGGGAGAGCGAAGUGGAAGGGAUGGGGAGAAUCGCUUUGAGAGCAUUCUGGAACUCAUGCAGCAGCUACAAGACCUGGGCCAACCACCCAAAGAGCUGGCUGGUGAAUCGCCACCUGGCCUGAACUUUGACCUGGAAUCCCUGAAUCUCCCAGGAGCCUCUGGGGCUGGAGCGGCAGAGCAGUGCUCAGUCAUGUGAUGUCAGAGAAGCCAGAUCAAUGGAUGCACAGGCUAGGAGCUGUGUGCGAGGGGGGGGGGAUGAUGAGAGAGGACGAUCGAUCACAAGACAAGGAGGAGAACGAGACUGUUUGCACUGCUCUCCUCGCAACAGAUGUUUCUGUGUCUAAAUAGAAGGCACAGUCAAGGGUGGCACAACAAACCAUUAUUACCACCCUUCGGUAACUCACUGAUCAUCACUUCACUGAUUUUAAAUUAAUUGCUUUGGUUUUUCAUAAGCUCUUCUAGGUCAUUCAUGGUACAGGUAGUAGCAUACCCACACACACAGCUCAACUGACUAGCACUUGACUUAUGAGUCUGUUUUUACACUCACCAUUGUUUAGCCUCAUGGUAGAACUGGUUGAACUGCCCUAUUGGUUAAAAUGGUGCCUUGCAUUAUUGUUAUAAACCUUACAGCAAGGAUAAUAGGAUUCUCUGUUGUGAGUUGCUGAGUGAUGAUUGAGUUGUUUCAUAGCUGCAGUAUCAUCAUGGGGCUGCGUGUCCAACAUAGGGUGUUGCGUCAGCGUCACAGUUCCACUCAUCAAUAAAGUAACACCAACACCCCA